AUGAAACUCAGUAAGAACUUUAAGAUCGACUAUUUUCGCGACCAGUUGCUAGCCUGGCGGAUCGGUGGAGUCAUAAAACUCAGCGAGGGAAACUACUGGAGUUGGGCGAUGGCUUUGAACAUAUUUGCCUUCCUGCAGACGCCCUUGUAUAUGAAGGCUAUGUUCACCUUUGAAAAUCCGAUAGAUAAUAACUACAAUUUAUUCCUGACCAUCACCUGGCUGUCCACUCUUUCGAUGUUUAUGAUGUACGUUUCCAAAGUUAAUAAGAUGGUGGACAUUCAUUGGCUUAUAUCCAAGCUGGAUGCCCGGGUAUCAGGCGAUGACCAGAUAUUGCAGCGCAGGAAAAUGACCAAGCACCUGCAAAUAAUGUCCAAGGUUUUCCUGGUCUCCUAUGGCAUCGUCUUCAUCAACGCGUCGAUGGCUUUUUUCCUUAGAAGUGAGCGCAGCUUACCGCUCCCCAUGUGGAUUCCAUUCGACUGGAAAAACUCAAUGGUAGCGUAUAUCGGGGCCUUGGUCUACCAGAUCACCGGACUUUUUGUUAAUAUUCUCCAUAACUAUUCCGGGGACUCCUUUGCUCCCAUGGCCUUGCUCCUAAUUUCGGAGCAAUGCCAGAUUCUGGCCCUGCGGAUCUCCAGCCUAGGAUAUCGCACAAAGAAUUGGAAAAAGAAUGAACGGGAUCUUGUCGACUGCAUCAAGGACCAAAACACGCUCUACAGAUUACUCGACGUGGUACAUAGCAUGAUAUCGUAUCCAAUAUUGAUACAAUUCGUUGUCAUUGGCAUUAGUAUCGCCGUGACACUGUUUGGCCUAAUAUUUUAUAUCCAGACCUUGUUGGAACGUAUUUUCUACGGCAGCAUCCUGGUGGGCCUGACCUUGCAGAUAUUUCCAAUAUGCUAUUACGGAACCAAGGUGGAGGAGAGCUUUGCUAACCUCCACUACGCGGUAUUCUGCAGCAAUUGGGUGGGCCAGAGUCCCAAAUAUCGGGGGUACAUGCUCAUCCUGCAGGAGCGAACGAAGCGACAGCAGAUCCUCCUCGCCGGCGACGUGGUGCCCAUCCACUUGAGCACCUUUGUGGCCUGUUGGAAUGGAGCCUACUCCUUCUUUACACUAAUGACGCACAGAAGUGGCCUGGGCUCGUGA